AAUAUUCGCCAUUUUGAUUCGAAAAUAUGACCGAGUUUUUCCUGCUUUGCAUGCUUGAGCUGGGAAGAGUCUAGCUUAUGAAUUUAUGUACUGUAGAAUAUAUAAAUAUAUAUUACGCGUAAUAAUAUUGAAUAUACAAGGUACAAAUGUGAGGCCUGUCCGUUGCCACGUCACAAGAGACAAAUAUCCGUGUUACCAGGUUGACAGAUACUUUGCUCAUACUCCUCGUCAGACUGACCCAUCAAAACAAAUCACGUUUGGCUAGUUCGCUAACUAACGUUAGCUAUUAGCUAACGAAGGUUGUUAGCGCAACAUUAGCCAUACAGACGAGUGGAUUGCAAACUUUGAACAAAACGGUUAUGGUGAGCCUUUCAGUGUGUUGUGUUCUAAGAGGAGACCCAUGUUGAUAAAUGCCAGGCCUUGCCACGCUCUCUGCUGUCUGCACAAACACAAAUGCCUGCCUUUGAGGGAGGUCUGAUUAAAGAUACCCACAUUUAAUCUGCUGGGCUGUGCCCCCUGUCCAAGCAGCCACCAUGUUCUGGAAGUUUGACCUGCACACCACGUCCCACAUCGACCAGCUGCUGGACCGGGAGGAUGUGACUUUGCUGGAGCUCAUGGAGGAGGAUGAUGUCCUGCAGGAGUGCAAGGCACAGAACCGCCGGCUGCUGCUCUUCCUCUCCCAGGACCACUGCAUGACAGAGCUGGUCAACCUCAUCACCACAGAGCCCCCUGCUGACUUAGAGGAGAAGAGCCGCUUUAAGUUCCCUAACAUUGCCUGUGAGCUCUUGACAUCAGACGUGUCCCUUAUCAACGACAAGUUGGGCGGGGACACGUCACUCCUGGAGACUCUCUACCACUUCCUGGAGCAGGACCCGCCCCUCAACCCGCUACUAGCCAGCUUCUUCAGCAAGACCAUCGGCAACCUCAUCGCUAGGAAAACAGAACAGGUAAUCUCCUUCCUGAGGAAAAAGGAUGGCUUCAUCGGCCUGGUGCUGAAACACAUUGACGCUUCCGCGAUGAUGGACCUGCUGCUUCGCCUCAUCAGCUGUGUGGAGCCUGCCCCCUUGAGACAAGAGGUCCUUAAUUGGCUGAGCGAAGAGAAGCUGAUUCAGAGACUCACAGAGCUCAUCCAUACAGGCAAAGACGAGGAAAGACAAUCAAAUGCGUCUCAGACGCUUUGUGACAUCAUCCGCCUUAGUCGAGACCAGGCCAAUCAGAUGCAGGAGAAUGUUGAGACCGACCCCUUAUUGGCUGUUCUAGAGUCGCAGGAGAGCGUAGCGGGGCUCCUGAAGACCAUGUUUGAGGGGGAGAGGAGUGAGGCCUCCAUUGUUAAUGGAACUCAAGUGCUACUUACCUUACUGGAGACCAGGAGGUCCGGGUUGGAGGGGCUGAUGGAUCUCUAUUCUCAGGGAUAUGAAAGGUCUUACACUGUCAACAGCAGUAUUCUACAUGCCAUUGAGCCCCAUCUAAAGGACUUCCAGCAGCUUCUCCUGAAUCCCCCCAAGAAAAGUGCAAUACUGACGACCGUUGGCCUUCUGGAGGAGCCGCUGGGGAACGCCCGCCUUCACGUGGCCCGGCUGGUGGCCGCCUUGCUGCAGACCAGCGCCCCCAGUGUCUGUCAGGAGCUCUGCAAGCUCACCACCAUGGACCAGCUACUGGACCUGUUCUUCAAGUACUCAUGGAAUAACUUCUUGCACUUCCAAGUGGAGCUGUGUGUGGCGUCCAUCCUGAACCACUCUGUCCCAGAGGAACGGCCCAUCCCUGGCCUCCAGAACCACGAGGAGAAGCUCCAGGCAGGCCCAGAGAACCAGGGGGAGGCAGGAGGUGAAGCUGGGGAGCCAGCCAAGGCCAGUGACUCUGUGGAGGAGACCACCCUUCACAACACACUGGUGGCACAUCUCUUCCAGAAGUGUCGGUUGGUACAGAGGAUCCUGGACGCCUGGGAGGAGAACGAUCAAAUACAGGCGGAGGGUGGUGCUAGGAGAGGUAACAUGGGUCACCUGACCAGGAUGGCCAACAUGGUGGUACAGAACCUAGAGAAAGGACCAGUCCAGUCCCAGAUCAGUGACCUCAUCAAAGAGUUGCCAGAGGACUGCAGAGGACGCUGGGAGAGCUUUGUGGAUGAGACUCUGAGAGAGACCAACAGGAGAAACACAGUGGAACUGGUGAGCACCCAUAACCUGCACUCCUCCAGUGAAGAUGAUGAUAUGGAGAGUCCCUUCCCCAACGAUCUGUCACUCCAACAGGCUUUCUCAGACUAUCAGAUCCAGCAGAUGACUGCCAACUUUGUGGAUCAGUUUGGGUUCAACGAUGAGGAGUUCAGUGAGCAUGAUGAAAACAUCAAUGCCACAUUUGACCGGAUUGCAGAAAUAAACUUCAAUCUAGAUGCUGAUGAUAAUAGUGCCAACGCUACUGCCUUUGAGGCCUGCUGUAAAGAGAGGAUACGUCAGUUUGACGAUGCUGAAGAGGAGGAGGACAUUUGGGAGGAGAAGGAGAUUAACUAUGCAACACAAGUCAAAUCCAGAACAAGAUUUGGGGUGUCCCACACCUCAGAGAGCAGUCUGGAGAACGGGGGUCGGGAGCGGGACCGCGGGUCGGGUUCUGACGAGGACGACUCCUCCAGACAGAGCGCCUCAGCUCCAGGCAGCCUGGAGGAGAGCAAGGACAACACUCCCAGUACACCUGGCAAUCAAUCAGCUACUUGUCCAAGCUGGACAGCGAGUUUCGGGGAAGCUGGGGGUAACUCGUCCUCUCCGGGUCCUGCAGGCUGGGAUUCCCCAGGGGGGAAUGGAGGAGACAAACAGGAGGCAGGUUGGGCCAACUUCACAGAGUUCCAACCUUUCAGCAGCCCAGAGGUUGGCCCCAGAUGUAGCUCUCCCGUAGGCAGCAGUGACGCGGACAAACAAGUCAAACUGGGUCCGGACAAGAGUGGUGCGAGCCCCUCUGCUGGUGGUGAGUGGCCGGUGGGUGAGGGUAGGAAGGCUCCCCUCGUAGCCUCAGAUAGCAGCUCCUCCGGGGGCUCCGACAGCGAGGACGAUGACAAGACUGCCGCCACCGCCACGGAAACCAUCAAGAAUGCUGAAGUCAAAAGUGAGGAGAACCCCAUCCCUCUGGAAAAGCUGUCCCUCACAGACACUCUCAAGUCCCCCCCAAAGGCACAGCUUGCAGCAGACACACUGCCAGCCUCGGCCCCCACCUCUCAGACAGACAACAAAGAGGAUCCACCCCAGUGCCCAGAGAUGCCAGCAGUCAACGGGCCUGUCUGAGGGGCAGACAGUCCUAUACCCCAGACUGGUGUGAUAGACUGUGCCAUUUCCAGGGAGACCACCCCCUCCCAAAUAACCUCACUGCAACCUACAGUGUUUUAAUGAAUCACGCUGCCAUGUUAUUGGACCUGGACACUGCCAAUCAACACCAAUAAUGGGGAGAGGAGACAUGUAAAAGCAACCAAUCAUCCCAGCCAACAGGCAGAACAGUGUAGAGGAAAUUGUCUUCAAAGCCUUUUCUAAUGUUGCACAUAAAUACGUGUGGUUUUAUUGUAGCAGUGAUCUCUUUUAAACAACCGAAAUCUGAGAGGAGUAUAAAGGUUUUCUGAAGGAUUUGUUCUCGUACUCUUUUCAAAUGGUUGGACCUGAGUAGUACGGAGCGGAUCGCACAGGUCAACUUAACGAAAUGAUGCCUCAACAAUAAAUACCUUUCUGAAAAUGUUUUCCUUGAGCUUAAAAGGCACUUAUGCAGCCAUUUUUACUGUACAUUAUAGGACAAUGUUAAGUGUUCUGCCAUCUUGUCUCUCUCAGAUCAAGGUUAACCAAACCUGGGUUUUUUUUGUCAUGGAAAAACAUCUAUUCUUGUACCUCACUAGUUCUGAAUGUUUUAAAGUGUCCAAGGAAAAGGGUGGGUCAAGAAACACAGAUCUAUAGUAUUAGUCUCCUGCUCAUGUGCAAUAAUGACAAUUAGCCAUUUUAUUUAAAUCAACUUUUAGUGUUGUCAGAAGGAAGACUCAUUCGGUAUAGUUAUAUGGGCCAACUAAUUUGGAUAUAAACUGAACAAGGUUUUGAUUUGUUACUGCAUGUAUAACCGGUUCUCCGUUGACCUAGCUAGUGAGCUGAGACCUGAUUGUAUUUGACUUUGUUAUUUGCUAUCCCCCUUAAAAUCAACCAAACAUGAUCUACCUAUAUUCAAAUAUCUACAUUUUAAAGUAAAUUUUACAAGCAAUCUUGAGCACUGUGUUAAUGUUCUGUUAUUCCUAAACACUUACAGGGCAGGAGCUGUCUUUUUGAGAGGGUCAACGUUGGGUUCUGCUAAAUACCUCUAGUGCAGUGGUUCCCAACCAGGGUAUACUUGACUAAUGACACCAUAGGUCUACUGGUAAAAUUCACAUGGGAAGGUACUCUGGGCAGAGCCAAAUUCAGGUGGUACAGCAACCGAAAGGUUAAGAACCACUGCAGUAGUGUACUUACUCAUUUGACACUGUGUGGUUGACCACAUGAAUAGCAAAGUACUUAAAUGCAUCCUUCCCUUUGAGAUUUUGCUGGAUGACAACUAUAGUGCUUUCACCCAUCCAAUCAUGUAUGGUUUCCUUCAGGCAGAAGAGGAUGCAUUUUAGUUUCCCCCCCCCCCCAACACCCUCCUUUUGGGACUGUGGCCAGAAUGGAGGUGAAUCAAAAUACCAACUUGUUUCAAUUUAAAUAUAUAAAGUGUGAGUGUAGAACAAAUGAUUAUGCUUUGUAUUAACAGGUUAAUUGUCAUAGCAUCAGCUUUCCUCACACUCUGUCAUUAAUAGUAUGUUGCCGACAGUUCUUGCCUUCGUUAAGUUUAGGGUUGAACGGUGAAAUGAGUAGAUUCUAACUUGUCUUUGACCUGACAGCAUUUUCUUCAAAAAGUGCAUGUUCUAACUUGGCGAGUCUGAUAUGUUUCUCCUGCCAAGUCUAACAGUGGCUUUAGGAAGGCUAUAUAAAGAGUUCAGAAUGGUGUUCCCUGCCCAUACCACUAACUACUCCCAACAGGGUGGGGCCCCUCUGGACACAACCAUCCGCACAUGCAUAGAUGCAGUAUUGAUCAUAACCCUCUAUUCUUCAGACUGGUGCUCUCAUAACCAGGGACUGAGGUUGGUUUUAGCUGGCUGGUGCUGUGUCUUUGCACUCAUGUAGUGCCAAAAUUGAGAGCUUCAUAAGUGAUCUGAGAAACACCCAAAGCAAGUGUUAACUGAUUCUUAAUCUUGGACGAGAGAAAAAAGGACAAACCUACACCAAAACAGUGAUGUUUAAACCCACAGUGUUUUAAUUCUAAAAAAUAUAUUACAUGAUUGACAGACCCAGCUCAGAAGGAAAAUCCUAUUUAGAGAGAAAAAAACUAAAUAAAUAAGGUUAUUGUACUGAUUAACGUUGUGGAUAUAAUCUACCCAAAUCAGGAGAGUUGAGUAGACCAGUAAAUUGGGUGAGCUGGGUUUUAAGUGUGUGUUGGGUGUGACAUUUUAAAAACACCCAACCUGUGCAGCUAAAUAAGAUUCCAUUCCAGAAAAUCCACCUUAACUAGGGAGGCUAGUUCUUGCUCAUACAAACACACCAUUUCCACUCUGCUUAGGGAUUGAUAUUGGGGAAGGACAAUGUAAAAAAAGAAGACAUUUAGGAUUUACUUCCACAACACAUUUUCCAAAAAGUAGUAGCAUUAGUCACGUUAACACAGAAAAACAAAUGGCACAUUGGAUUCCUAAUUUUAAAAAGUGGUAAUUGAGGAACUUUUCUUACCGAGGAGACAAAGUUAAAUAAAUUACUACCAUAAACGUUACAUACAAAUCUGAGUAGUAUAUACAAAAGGAGUUAUUAGACACAAAUCUACAAUUCAAAUUUUAUGUUCAACAAGACAGCAGUAUAACCAUAUUUUACACAGCAAUGUGUGUGUUAAAUGAGGAGUAUGUGUCCGUUUUCGUAACUUGGGGGCUCAAAAUGAGGGCUAACCGAUACUGCUCUGUAGCGUAAAAAAAACUAACAAGUGACUUAAUUGCAAUCUCACAAAUUCCAGCUAAACAUACUCUCUCUACAAGGCUCUAACAGACAUUGACUCCUAUGUACAGGAUUAAGAAUAGAAUGUACCAGCCUCUAGCUAAAAACACUGGUUUAGACAGAAGAGCAGCGGCGAGAAAGUCGGGACUCGCUGAAGUAUUACUGUUCACGUAGAUGCAGUUGUUCAGAAGCCAAGCUGUGACUCACAGACCACCACACAAAGGCUGAGGAAGGUGCACCGAGUGAUAUCUUAUGCUCAGACACAUGCUUUUGAGACUUUCAAUGCUAUUAAUUGGCUGUAAUUAUUGUUGGAAAUGUGAAUGUAUUAGUCUAAGUGCCUUGACCACUAACGCCCCCUCUGGUCAAGAACUGUAUUACAUUAACAAAUUGGUUGUUUUUACUUGUUUGGAGCAUAUUCCAAUCCAACUGUCUAAUACUUGUCACAUGUUAAAAUCCACUGGCACUUGCAUAACUGAUACCAUUUGUCCAACAUUAAACCUGACCAUAGAGGGGGAGGAGGGUCAUGUUAGUCAGAUCCAGUCUCAGCACUGUGUCAUGUAAACAGACUAGUCAUCCAUCCCAUAAUCUCCUCCCAUCACCUUUGA